AAGGAGAGGCCGAAGCCGAGACGAUGCCUGGGAAGCUGAAGGUGAAAAUCGUGGCCGGGCGCCAUUUGCCAGUGAUGGACCGUGCUAGUGACCUGACUGAUGCCUUCGUGGAGGUAAAAUUUGGUAAUACCACCUUUAAAACAGAUGUAUACCUCAAGUCACUCAAUCCACAGUGGAACUCAGAAUGGUUUAAGUUUGAGGUGGAUGAUGAAGAUUUACAAGAUGAACCUUUACAGAUCACAGUUCUUGACCAUGAUACUUACAGUGCAAAUGAUGCCAUUGGUAAAGUGUACAUUGAUAUUGAUCCUUUACUGUACAGUGAGGCUGCAACAGUCAUCUCAGGAUGGUUUCCAAUUUAUGACACUAUACAUGGUAUCCGUGGAGAAAUCAAUGUAGUUGUCAAAGUAGACCUCUUCAAUGAUUUAAAUCGAUUUAGACAGUCAUCGUGUGGAGUCAAAUUCUUUUGCACAACGUCUAUUCCAAAGUGCUAUAGAGCUGUGAUAAUUCAUGGAUUUGUAGAAGAACUUGUAGUCAACGAAGACCCAGAAUAUCAAUGGAUCGAUCGAAUUCGUACACCAAGGGCAUCAAAUGAGGCUAGACAGAGACUCAUUUCAUUAAUGUCAGGUGAACUACAAAGGAAGAUUGGCUUAAAAGUACUCGAAAUGAGAGGAAAUGCAGUUGUUGGCUACUUACAGUGUUUUGAUCUGGAGGGCGAGUCUGGGUUAGUGGUACGAGCCAUAGGAACAGCGUGUACUCUGGAUAAAUUAAGUAGCCCAGCAGCAUUCCUUCCUGCAUGCAAUUCUCCAUCUAAAGAAAUGAAGGAGAUUCCCUUCAAUGAAGAUCCCAAUCCCAAUACUCACUCAUCAGGACCCUCAACCCCUCUGAAAAACCAAACUUAUUCCUUUUCACCUUCCAAGUCCUACAGUCGACAGUCCUCUUCUUCUGACACAGAUUUGAGUUUGACACCCAAAACUGGAAUGGGCAGUGGUAGUGCUGGAAAAGAAGGGGGGCCAUUUAAAGCUCUUUUAAGACAACAGACACAGUCAGCAUUGGAGCAGAGGGAAUUUCCAUUUUUUACCCUGACUGCAUUUCCUCCUGGAUUCCUUGUGCAUGUUGGAGGUGUUGUUAGUGCACGUUCUGUGAAACUUUUGGAUCGUAUCCACAAUCCUGAUGAACCAGAAACUCGAGACGCAUGGUGGGCAGAAAUCAGACAAGAAAUAAAAUCACAUGCUAAAGCCUUAGGCUGUCAUGCUGUAGUGGGCUACAGUGAGUCAACCAGCAUCUGUGAAGAGGUCUGUAUUUUAUCAGCAUCUGGCACAGCGGCUGUUCUGAACCCUCGAUUUCUGCAGGAUGGCACCGUGGAGGGCUGUUUGGAACAGAGGCUUGAAGAAAAUUUGCCUGCAGGCUGUGGAUUUUGCCAUAUACCAUAUGAUGAACUGAAUAUGCCAUUUCCAGCUCAUCUCACAUACUGCUAUAGUUGCAGGAAACAAAAAGUUCCUGAUGUUCUCUUUACAACUAUAGACCUCCCAAUAGAUGCAAUAGUUAUUGGAAAAGGUUGUCUUAUUCAAGCAAGGUUAUGUCGCUUAAAAAAGAAAGCACAGGCAGAAGCAAAUGCCACAGCUAUCAGUAAUCUCUUGCCAUUUAUGGAAUAUGAAGUACAUACUCAGCUAAUGAAUAAACUAAAACUCAAAGGAAUGAACGCUUUGUUUGGACUAAGAAUCCAGAUCACAGUGGGUGAAAAUAUGUUGAUGGGCUUAGCAUCUGCCACAGGUGUAUAUUUAGCGGCUUUACCAAUGCCUGGUGGUAUUCAGAUUGCUGGGAAGACUCCUAAUGAUGGUUCAUAUGAACAGCAUAUCUCUCAUAUGCAAAAGAAGAUAAAUGAUACAAUUGCUAAGAACAAAGAAUUAUAUGAAAUCAAUCCUCCAGAGAUAUCUGAAGAGAUUAUAGGAUCACCCAUCCCAGAACCUAGACAACGCUCAAGACUUUUAAGAUCUCAGUCAGAAAGUUCUGAUGAAGUUAUGGAAUUAGAUCUUUCACAUGGGAAAAAAGAUGCUUUUGUUUUGGAGAUUGAUGACACUGAUGCAAUGGAAGAUGUGCAUUCUCUCCUUACUGAUGUUCCUCCUCCUUCAGGCUUUUAUAGUUGCAAUACAGAAAUUAUGCCUGGUAUAAAUAAUUGGACAUCAGAAAUACAGAUGUUCACAUCAGUAAGAGUAAUCAGAUUAAGCAGUCUUAACCUGACUAAUCAAGCUCUCAAUAAGAACUUUAAUGAUCUCUGUGAAAAUUUACUCAAGAGCCUGUAUUUUAAACUACGAUCCAUGAUCCCCUGCUGCCUUUGCCAUGUAAAUUUCACAGUAUCUCUGCCUGAAGAUGAAUUAAUUCAGGUCACAGUCACAGCGGUUGCAAUAACUUUUGAUAAAAAUCAGGCUUUACAGACCACAAAACCACAUGUUGAAAAGUCACUACAAAGAGCUUCUACAGAUAAUGAAGAACUUCUGCAGUUUCCACUGGAACUCUGUUCAGAUUCGCUUCCUUCACAUCCUUUCCCACCAUCUAAAGAACACCUGGAGAGUGCAAGUUCUAACUCAGGUAUACCAGCCGCACAGAGAGCAACGUCAGUUGAUUACAGUUCCUUUGCAGACAGAUGCAGCAGCUGGAUAGAGCUCAUUAAACUGAAAGCUCAGACCAUAAGGCGCGGAUCAAUUAAGACAACUGUGACAGUUGAAAAAGCAAGUCCAAUGGGUGAAGGAAAUUUCCGGAACCGUUCUGCUCCACCUUGUACAAAUUCCACAGUUGGAGUUGUUAAGAUGACACCUCUUUCUUUCAUUCCUGGAGCAAAAAUAACUAAAUAUCUUGGGAUAAUUAACAUGUUUUUUAUUCGGGAAACUACUUCUCUUCGUGAGGAAGGAGGAGUCAGUGGUUUCCUCCAUGCCUUUAUUGCUGAAGUGUUUGCAAUGGUGAGGGCUCACGUUGCUGCAUUAGGAGGAAAUGCUGUCGUCUCCUAUAUAAUGAAGCAGUGUGUCUUCAUGGAGAAUCCAAAUAAAAACCAGGCACAGUGUCUUAUAAAUGUAAGUGGUGAUGCAGUGAUUUUUGUUCGUGAAUCAGACUUAGAAGUGGUAUCAACUCAGCAACCUACUGCCAACUGCCAGCCAUUAUGUACUGGAGAAGAUGUUACAACCUGAAGAAAAUAGGAAAGAAAGAGCUCACCUCAUUGAGAUUUAUCUAUCUCCAUUGUUUUGUCAUUAUCGUCUUAGACAAAAAGAAAUGAAAUUAAUUUGAAAUAGUUAAGAAAGAAUUAAUACAUUAUGCGUAGAUUUUUGUCUGGAAUCUGUUGGAGGCAUGAGAAUUUCUAAUCUUGAUGUUUUGUUUGCCUAGUCUAUAUAGACAGGCCCCAUGAAAUAUUCUGCCUUCAAUAAGUUAAAAUACAUUUCUAAGUGAACUGUAGCAAAAAUGAAAGUUACUUGUAAUUUAUGUUGAUUUUAAUAAAAUCAUAAUUUAAAAAUGAAAUGGGAGGAUUAUCAGGAAACUAGAAUAGCUACCUUAUAUAAUUUAGAAAAACAAAGCAAGAAAGUCACAUAUUAUUAAUGAAUAAAUAAUAGAUUUGAGAAAUGUGGGGAAAAUGGAGAAGAGUUUUCAGAAAACUACUGUGUGGAUUUCUUAAUGUGUUUUAUUUUGAUGAGGAAUUUGGUAAUAACUCUCAGUGGGUAAGUGCUUUCAGCCGUCUUUUAGAAAGAAGUUAAAAUUCUGCAACUUGAUUCUGAAAUACCUCUAACUACUGUAAAAGAAAAAGUAAUUUAUUAAAACUGAUAUCUUUUCAUUGAAAAGUUUUAAUAUCUCCAAUGAGGGAGGAAAAUUUAUAAUAUAAUUUCAUAACUGGCCACAUUUGAGUUAGUAUUUAAUUUGUCUGAAGAGGCUUGGCUUCAGGUGGGAAGAAAACAUUUGUGAAUUUUAUUGAAGUAGUAAAAAUAUAAUUGAUCUAGUAGGAACAUAAAAAUUAUUUUCCAGUAAAAUAAUAUUGCACUCCUACCAAAUAUACAGAAUUUUAGUAGUAUCUUAGAAAUUUUUGGUAGUGAGUUGGAGUGUAUUUGGCAUAGAAUUUGGAAAUGUAAAUUGAAGUAAAUAUGCUGCAAAAUGUUGAAUGUAUACAUAGAAAUACUUUUUUGUCAAUGCCAAAUGCCCACUGUAAAUGAAUCUUAGAUAUUAUAUUUCUCCUUUGCACAAUAAAGAUUUCUUUAUAAACUCAUGAUUUUGUUCUCCAACAAGCUGCCCUACGGAUUAGUUAUUUCCUUGUUAUUACAGGUGUCAAUAUUUUUCUGUAUUUUGUUUAUAAUUUUAUUUUUUAAAUAAAUUUAUAAAGAUAAA